AUGACUCCGGGAACAGCUCUUUCUGAAGUGGACCAGCCAAGACACGAAAGGGAACCCGAAGCAAGUGGGAAACACCCUGGGUAUGUCUCAUCGGCCAGAGAAUACUGGGAGCAGCAGUAUGCAGAGCUUGGAGCCCAAGACAAUGAGCCUCUGAACAACAAUGGGAAGAGGCCUGUACCAGCUGAUGGGCCUGCCAAAGCUCGUGCAGCAAAGAGGCCCAACUACUGGAACAACAAGAAGAAGCAGAAAAAGGGCACCUCAACUACGGCAGAGGAGGCCAAGCUCAUGCGCAUGCUUCGAGACGGUGACCCUCUCACGGCCAGAGCAGCUCUUGGUGAAGUCCCCAUGCCAGGUGCCCUCCAGGCCAAGACCAAGGGCCAACAGUGGCAGCAGAUGCUGGUCACCAUUGCCAGCAACCCUAACAAGCGAGACACGAAUGUCGACAAGAGGAUCUUGGAAGAGGCUACAAAGUCAUUUGGUGCAGGCAUGUGCACGGCACAAGAUGGGAAAUGGCUCCUGGCUGGGAUGAAGACCGCCCUCUACAACCACCAGCUGGUGGGAGUUAGAUGGAUGCUGGGCCAGGAAUUCUCACGGGAUGGUCCAUUUGGAGGCAUCUUGGCGGACGAGAUGGGCCUUGGAAAGACCAUUGAGGUUCUGGCCACAAUGUCGGCCAACCUUCCAACACCCGAAGAUAUCAAGGCCGGCCGCAGGACUACUCUUAUUGUGGCUCCUGCAUCUGCCAUUGCCCAGUGGAUGAGCGAGGCUGGGCGUCACUGCUCAUGGGCCAAAAAGAUCUUGCAUUACAGGGCAUCCAAGGGUGUGGACAAGUCUAUUUGGCUGGAUACUGACAUCAUGAUCACCAGCUACAAUGAAGUUGCAGCAGCAUUCCCUUCGGAUGAGACAUUGAAGAGAAUUGCCGGCAUGAAGCUUAACGAUGAGGAAUGGACUGAGGCAUUCGACCACGCACUUGGCGAACUGUUCUCGACGGAAUUCUUCAGGGUGGUCCUUGAUGAAGCCCAUGCCAUCAAGAACCAGUUGACUCGGACAUCCAAAGCCUGCAUGCAGCUCAGUGCGAGAUACCGCUGGGCAGUGACGGGAACUCCGCUUAUCAAUUCUGUGGAUGAGCUAUAUCCAUAUAUGAAGUUCAUUGGGGCACAUUGGGCAGGGGAUUACGACGAGUUCAAGAGGAAGUUUGGCGAUAUAGACGAUGAUACCGUUCUCGAGAGACUCUCAGCAGUCGUGCCCAGCAUAAUGCUUCGGAGGCGAGUGAAUGACGAGUUCAUGGGACGGCCGAUUCUGGAGAUUCCUAAGACACAUUCUGUCGAGAAUGUCUGGGUUGACCUCUCGGUAGAAGAGAGAUUGAUCUAUAGAAGACGUCUCGAGAGCCGCUUCUCGGACAACAUCAAGUCGCACAUCAAAGCCGGGACUGCAAAGUCCAGGAUCCGCACAUACUUUGCUUAUCUCACGAGACUUCGACAAGCCAUUGCCCACCCUUUCCUCCUAGAAGGAGCCCUAUCCGAAAACUUCACCCUCGAGGACUUCCGGUGGCUGAGGAACCAGCUCAAGAAGCAUGGUGGCAAGACACCCCUUCAUCAGCAGAUUGGGCGAUGGGUGGAUACGGAAUUUGAGUCUCGCGACGACUCUGGAGAGUUUGGCGAAGGGAGAUUUGGCCAAGAGUUCGACAUGAACUCCCAGCUGGAGGACGCAGAGAGGUCCAAGACCACGGCGGACCUCCUAUGCCGACUGUGCUAUGAAAUCCCGCAGCAGGCAUCGAUAACGGAGUGUGGGCAUGUAUUCUGCCGGGAGUGUAUUCGAGCCCGCGGAGAGAGCGCCCGACAGAACGGGUUAACCCGCGUGGCGACAUUCGACUGCCCAACUUGCGGAUGCAUCAUCGACGGCCAGCCAGCCCUAUUGGAAAACCCCGAACCCCUGCCCGACCUUCCCGAACCUGCUGUGCCUGGCCCAUCUUCCGGCAAAAAGAAGGAGAAAAGGGCUAAGAGGGAGCGAAAGCUGGGAGACGACGAGCAUCUGUUCCAGCCGCGAUCGAAGGGAAAAUCGAAGUGGCUUGAGGACUGCGACAAGAAAUGGCCGAAGGAGGCUGUUGUUCCCAGCGCCAAGACCACCGCGGUGAAGAGCCAAAUUCUCAGAUGGCAAGCGGAAGCCCCAAAGGACAAGAUCAUCAUCUUUGUUCAAUGGAAGGAGGUGGCCUGCAUCCUCGGCCGGAUGCUGAGUGAGGAGAACAUCAAAUUCCUUUACUACUUCGGCGGUUCUACUCUCGAGGCACGCAACAAGGCCGUGACAGCAUUUCACUCGCAGGAGGAAUUCGGGGUCAUGAUCGCAUCGGUGAAGGCCGGUGGCGUGGCCCUGAACCUGACGUGCGCCAACCGGGUCAUCCUGGUCGACCAGUGGUGGAACAGCGCGGCCGAGCGCCAGGCCUUUGGGAGGGUCCACCGCAUAGGGCAGAAGAAGCCCACGUACUUCGUCAAGAUGCUGACCAAGAACACGAUCGACGAGCGCCUCGCCGACAUGCAGGCCGAGAAGGACAAGGCCAUCGCGGCCACGCUCCGGGAGGACGAGGCGCAUAAGCCGCCCCUGAAGCUGGAGGAGAUUAUGCGCCUGUUUGGGCACACCAUGGAGAAUGAGCUCGGGGAAGACCUCGGGGAGGAUGACGACUACGAUCACGGCGAGGAGGUAGGGAGCGGGGAGGAGGACGAUGCUGGGGGGGACAUUGGGGACCUCGACGAGGAGGACAGUGGGGCCCCCCGCAAGGACAAUGCGGGCCUCUUGGAGGAUGUCAAUGGGGACCUCUGGGAGGAGGUCGCUGGGGAUCAUGUUGAGGACGAUGCUGGGGAGCUCUACGAGCAAAACACUGGUGAGCUCUAUGAGCUGGACAAUGGGGACAUCUGGGAUGGUCAGCAGCUUGAUUUUCAGGACGCCUUCGAGGACUCUCUAGACGGUUCCCAACAUGGUUCCGACUAUGACGCCGAGGACGUCUUGGGCGAGCCGGUCGAGCAGAGAGAAGAGAGCGUGGAGAGCGAGAUUUCGGAGGAGGAUGCCUAG